AUGAAGUUCACUGCUUUCGCCGUUGCAGCCCUUUUGCCUUUUAUGGCACUUUCUGCUCCAGCUCCAGCGGAUGACGCUCCCGGGAAGUAUGUUGUCACUCGUGGAGAUGAGGCUCCUACUACGCAGCCUGGCACUAUUGAGAAAAGGUCUCUUACUGGGAUCAUCACUGCCUCUGCGCUCCUAUGUCGAACAUGCCCUCGUACCUCCUGCACAGCCGUCAGACAGUAUUCCAAGGGAGCCCGUGUUACCUUGCGAUGCCUUACUGCGAAAGACACGACAACCGUGAGCGGUAAUCCGUUCUGGGUUAAAACGAGCGAUAAUUGCUAUGUUUCUGAUUACUACGUGAGCUGGUCCGGAACUAUCCCUCUCUGCUAA